UAAACAAACACUGUGUAACCCAAUAGGGUUUAGCAACAAAGAGUUAAGAAAUUGAAGCACAAAACGUAGAGCUCAGGCGAGCGUUGAAUCCUCCGACGAACAACAAUGGUGUUUUCCGACGAAGAGAUAACGCAUCUACACAGAAUCUACAAAACCGUUUUACAAAUGUUACGAGACAGAAACUACGUUGUUCCAGAGACAGAACUCGACAUGACGAGACAAGAAUUCAAAUCGAAUUUCGGCGAUCACAUGAAGAGAGAAGAUCUGUUUAUUAGCAAAAGCCACAAAAACAAUCCUUCUGAGAAAAUCUAUGUGUUCUUUGUUAAUGAUGCCAAAAUCGGUGUUAAGACUGUUAGAUGUAUCAUUCAAAGGAUGUUUCAAGAGAAUGUUUCUAGAGGUAUUUUGGUUUGUCAGACUCCGCUUUCGCAUUAUGGAAGAGCUGCUGUUACUGAAAUGGGGUCGAAAUGUCGCCUUGAAGUCUUUCUGGAAGAUGAACUUCUCGUUAACAUCACGAUGCACUAUCUCGUACCGCCACAUCAGGUGCUUACCGAUGCUGAGAAGAAAGCUUUGCUCAAUAAAUACACUGUCAAAGAAACACAGCUACCUAGAAUCCUGAUGACGGAUCCUAUUGCGAAAUAUUAUGGACUAAGGCGUGGACAAGUUGUCAGGAUUAUCCGGCCAAGUGAAACUGCGGGCAGAUAUGUUACAUACCGAUAUGUUGUAUAAGGAUUUUCUUGAGUUCUUAUGCUCCACUAUUUUUGCAAUAUGGUAUACUUACUAAAGUUUCUGCAAAGCAUGCACAGUGCUUAUAUAACCUUUAUUUUUGUCA